GAGGCAGGUGAGGAGGAAGUCAGUGCCCCUUUCCCCUCUGUGCUGCUCCAUCUCCCAGCCCAGCACGGCCCCGGCUGCAGGACAGCCCUGGGGGGAUCUCCUUCCCCUUGCCUGUGGCACGGAGGCAAAUCCCAUCCUGUCCUUGUCCUUCCUCCCCCAGAGCAGGAGCUGAGCAUGGAGAGCAGGGAGGACAAAUCCCCGGGGCAGAACCUGGUGGAAGAGGCCGUUUUGAGCAGCUCCACGGCGCAGGAACCCAACGGGGAGGAAAAGCCCCGGAGAUGCCGCACGAGGAGGGGCUGCAAACGCAGAUCACAGGGAUCUGAGGGGGAAAGAGCCAGCCUGGGCUGGGAAGGCAGCCGGAGAUGGAGCCAGAGCUCAGACCUGGUGCUCCAUGAGCAGGUCUGUGAUGGGGACAAGCCCCACAAAUGUGAGGAGUGUGGGAAGAGCUUCAGUCAGAACUCCAAUCUGAUCCUGCACCAGAGGACCCACACAGGGGAACGGCCCUACGAGUGUGGGGAGUGCAGGAAGAGAUUUCACACCAGCUCCCAUCUCCUCCAGCACCAGCGCACGCACACAGAGGAGAGGCCCUUCCGCUGCCCCGACUGCGGGCAGGGCUUCAGGCAGAACUCCCAUCUUGUCAGGCACCGACAGAUCCACACUGGGGAGAGGCCCCGUGAGUGUGAGGAAUGUGGGAAGAGCUUCAGCCAGAGCUCCAACCUGAUCAGGCACCAGAGGACCCACACUGGGGAACGGCCCUAUGAGUGUGGGGAGUGUGGGAAGAGCUUCAACCGGAGCUCCACACUGAUCCGCCACCAAACAAUCCACACUGGGGAGAGGCCCCAUGAGUGUGAUAAAUGCAGGAAGAGGUUUAAGAGCAGCUCCCAUCUCCUCCAACACUAUCUGGUUCACAGAGAGGAGAGGCCCUUCCAGUGCCCUGACUGCGGGAAGGGAUUCAGGCAGAACUCCACCCUCAUCACCCACCGGCGCAUCCACACUGGAGAGAGGCCCUACGAGUGUCCCCAGUGUGGGAAGAGCUUCUCCAGCAGCUCUAACCUGACCCAACACCAACGCAGGCACCAGUAAGGGAAGCCCUGCGAGUGCCCCGAGUGCAGGAAGAGCUUCGUGCGCUGCUCCAGCUCCAUCCCCCACUGGAGGAGCCACAUUGGGCAGAGCCCUGGAGACCCACAUUCCUGUGAUCCAUGUUGGGAACACACCUGGCUGCUUGUCCAUUGGUUUGGCCUCAGUUUUUUUCUCCAUCUGUGUACUCCAAAAGCCAAGAAGGAUCAAUCUGUCACCUCAAAUCCCGCUGAAAACAACUAUUUUUACCCAAAAGGGCUCAAUUCCACCUCAGAUUUCUUGUUCCCUCCUCAAAAAACUCAGUCCCAGGCCAAACUCACUCCAUUCCACAGCCACCAGGCUGAGAUGGAGUUGGGAGGAGAUUGGGAGAAGUGGGAGCAGUGAGAUGGGGAUUGUGUGAUGCUGAGUGUGUGGGAUGUAUUUGAUAGCAAAUAAAACUUGCAGAGUUAGUGA